AUGGAUCCGAACGAAAACAACAACCUUUUUGAAUCGGUUCAGUUGGAGUUAAUAACGAUAAAAGCAGAACUGAAAGAGGAACCAUUAGAAGUUGCGGACAUCACAAAUCAGGAGGAGGAUAGGAUGAGUGACACAUCCAAUUCAUCAAAAGCAAAUGUGAAGAGAAGAAGGUAUUCUAAUUCUCAGGAUGAAGAAUCUUCGGCUAACUCAAACCCUGUAUUGUCUACAAGUAACUCUCAGGAUAGACAAGAAAGACGCAUAUUCACUUUGUAUGUGACGAACACUCCUGGUGAAUGGACUUCCAAUCAAAUAAUUGAUUUUAUUAAAGAACAGUGUGGAAUCCAUAUAUCAAAAAUAAAUGAUAGUCGAGAGGCAAAUUCUGAAGCAUAUUUUCAAAUAAAGCUGAAGUUUACAAACAGGGAACAGUUGGAUAGGGUUUUCUUAAAAUUAAAAGAAAAGGAGGUAGAAGGAAAACUUACAGCUCAACUGGAUGAUGUCCAUGAUGAUUCCCAAAGUGAUGCAGAAUCUGAAACUAUCGUACAAAUUGGUGAAAGAGAUUCGGGUGAAACAGAAGAGGCUACAGGGAAUGCUCAAAAUAUAGAAUGUGAUGAAAAUUCAUUUCAUAUGAAGGAAGAUUAUUUGCAAUCACUUGGGAUUAAACUGCCUCUAACAAAUUGGGUGACAGUCACUAAUUUCCGUUGUGAUAAGUCCGAGCUUAAGGAAGUUUUGGAGUUAUGCGGGAAAGUUUUGAUUUGCUCCGUGGUCACAAUAAGCACAAAAUAUGCCAAUGUCAUGUACAGUCAUCCACUUGAAGCGGUACAGGCGAUAUCAAUGCUUAACGGCCAAAAGUUUUACGGGAAGCCAUUAAAAUUGACUAUGAAUAAUGAAGUUGAUAUGAAAACGUUUUUGCCCAAAGGCUUAGCUGAUGUGGGUCCAGGGUUGGGAAAAUUUGGGAAACCUUUACCAGAUUUGGCGGAACAAUACAAAAAUUUUGUGGAAGGCAAAAAUUCAUCCAUAAACGCUUAUUUAUUUCAUCCGGAUUUGCUUGAUAAACUUGGGGUUACCGUAGACGAAGACAGUUCUUACGCCCGUCCAGUAAAUAACAGUCCCAGUAAUGAGGAUAAUACGUCCGAUCGAAGCAGAGAAUCUUCACCCAAUGCGCGAAAUGUACAAGCGAGUCAAUUUGGACCCAUAGGCCAAAGACCACCUAGGCCACGAAGCACCCCAAUUAACACUAGGCCCCAAUUUCAUAAUAACCCCAUCUCGAACUUCAAUAAUCGAGUGAAUGGACCAAUCGUGCCCAGGGGUGUGAAUAGCUCAAAUAUUCUUGGACCAAUGCAAGGACCAAGGGGCCCUAAUCCUGGCGCUAUAAUUUUUUCAAACUGCCCGCCUAUACCAGGCAUUGAUUCAAACCACCCGAGGAACUUCCAUAAUGGCCAGGCAAUGGUCAGGCCAGGACCUAUGUCUGGUCCAAUCGGCCCUAUGGGUCAUAGCGGUCACAUGGGCCCAAGACCAGUUGGGCCCAUGGUUGGACCCAGCCCAAGAAUACCUAUACCAGCCCCUACUAAUCGCUUUCCUGGGCCAGUCAGUCCAAUGUUGGGUCCUAGACCAGUUGGUCCUGGUGGACCUGUUGGCCCGAUUAGUCUCGUUGGGCCUGUCGGCCAAGUCGGACCAAUUGGCCAAGUCGGAUCGGUUGUGCAAAUGGGUCCAAGAGGCCCAGGUCCAAAUGGACCGAUGCCAAAUCAAAAUGUUCCAGUAUCUAAUAUUAGACCAGUUAUGCCCUCUGGUCCAUAUAUGGCACAACCGGUUGUCGCAGGGUGCAACGUACAAAUGUUCAAAGGCAAUGAUCCAGUCACGCUACAAAUAAGCAAUCUACCGCCAACUACGAAUUUCGUUAAUCUCGGCCAAAAACUAUCUGAACUGGGUCACGUGGUGUUCCUAGAGUUCACUACGCCGGGAUGCGCUGUGGUCAGAUUCGCGAGCCCUUCGGACGCCGAACGAUGUUUUCAGAAUUAUAGGAAAGUUCUAGGA